AUGGCCAAGAGAUAUUUCAAGGAACCCUUGCCAUUUACGCUGAUUGGGAUGACAGAACAAGAACUGUACAAUGAAAUAAACCUAGAAGUCGAUGCUAUGGAGGAAUAUGCAGAUAUACCUUCUGAUAGUGGGUAUGAAAAUGAUAGUGAUGGGGUUAAUGACUGCGAAAUUACCAAUGCAGAAGCUGAAUUCAAUUUUGAUGGUGAUAACAUAAUGCUGUCGGACAAAGAAGAUGAGACACUGUUACCCAUGGAUACAUGGGACCCAGAAAAUUUGCUACCCCUAUCACAGUUGAAGGCAAUGGGGAAGAUACAAUGGUGCAACGGUGUUGCUCAAGAUAUCAAGGAUUUGAGUAAUCCAUCACCUUACACUCUUUUCUGUCAGUUUAUUUCGGAUGAAGUAUUGAAUAAUAUAGUUUUCCAGACUAAUCUAUAUGCUGAGCAGAAUUAUCAGAAAACUGGGAAACCAUAUAAACUGACAGACAUACCUGAAAUGAAAACAUUUUUGGGAAUAAAUUUGUUGAUGGGCAUGAAAAAGUUACCAUCGUACAGAGAUCACUGGAGUCAAAAUCCUGACUUGCGUGACCCUUAUAUAAGUAAAUUGAUGACUGUUCACCGGUUUGGAUGGAUGUUGAGUAAUAUUCAUCUGAAUGACAACACUAGAAUGCCUGAAAGAAAUACCAACCAAUUUGAUAAACUGUAUAAAAUACGCCCUUUCAUAAAAAUCAUCAGAGACAAUUUCAGGAGAUGCAUUUACUCACAUGAACAUAUAGCAAUAGAUGAGUCAAUGAUUGAAUUUGAAGGUCGAUCUUCUCUGAAGUAA